CCAAUUAUGGGAGUAGAUUCUCUAGAUUAAAAUUAAAGCCUACAUAUAGACUCACCCUUGCUUCAGCUUUCCUCAUCCAGUGAUCUUCAUACCUCUUCAUUCUUCCCAUUCUCUCUUUCGGGUAAUGCUCUAGCUAGAACCUGCUGAAUAAGGCUUCGAAGAUAUAUGGCUUCACCGCAAUGGAUUCUGCUGCUGAGUCUCUUGUUCAUGGUUUCUGGAACAAUCGGAGCUCCCCCUAGGAGGCCUGUAGCGGUCCCAUUCGGGAGAAACUAUAUGCCUACUUGGGCUUUUGAUCACAUUAAGUACUUCAAUGGAGGCUCCGAGAUUCAGCUCCACCUUGACAAAUACACUGGUACUGGUUUCCAGUCAAAAGGAUCUUACUUGUUUGGCCACUUCAGUAUGCAAAUGAAGCUGGUUCCUCGAGAUUCUGCUGGAACUGUUACCGCCUUCUAUUUAUCUUCUCAAAAUUCGGAGCAUGAUGAGAUAGAUUUUGAGUUCCUGGGAAACAGGACCGGCCAGCCAUACAUUUUGCAGACCAAUGUGUUCACUGGAGGAAAAGGAGACAGAGAACAGAGGAUUUAUCUUUGGUUUGAUCCAACCAUAGACUACCACGACUACUCUAUUCUGUGGAACCUGGAUCAGUUAGUAUUCUUCGUGGACAACACGCCAAUCAGAGUGUUUAAAAACUGCAAAGAUUUGGGGGUGAGAUUCCCAUUCAACCAGCCAAUGAAGCUAUACUCGAGCCUCUGGAACGCGGAUGACUGGGCCACCAGGGGUGGGCUCGAAAAGACUGACUGGUCCAAGGCCCCUUUCAUAGCCUCCUACAAGGGCUUCCACAUUGAUGGGUGUGAGGCCUCCGUUGAAGCCAAGUUCUGUGCCACACAGGGCAAGCGGUGGUGGGACCAGAGGGAAUUUCGGGACCUUGAUUCCUACCAGUGGAGGCGGCUCCGCUGGGUCCGCAACAAGUUCACCAUCUACAACUAUUGCACGGACAGGGUGAGAUACCCUACCAUGCCUCCCGAGUGCAGGAGAGACAGGGACGUUUAAUUCGUCAUCAACGGACCGGGAUCUUCUAUAUAUUCCAUACUAUAUAAGAUCGAUCUUCUCCUUCAGCUUCGACUUGUUGGGUUUGUCUUCAUUCAUUUCUUUCUAGCUCCAUUGCUGGGCUUCUGUAUUGAUAUUAAUAUCGGUUACUUUUUAUGUAGUUUUACUUCAAACAUUUAUUAUCAUGAUAAUAGUAAACCUAUACUACCAGUAUAGUAUAUCAUUUAUGUGUAUCCGAUGCACGUCACUGGCAAUUUGAUCAUCAGCAUAUUAAUCUUUUUUCUUA